AUGUUACACCUACUUAAUAGCGCGAAAUUCAAAGCAGGGGAGGACCGAUGGGUAUGGAAUGCAGCUGAUAGAGGAGAAUUCUCAGUGGCAAAUGUCAGAAAACAGAUAAACAAGCAGGACGGUGUCGGAAUUGAGGAAGAAUGGAAACAUUGGAACCAUUGGAUGCCGCCAAAGAUAAAUUACUUCACAUGGAGAACUACGCUUCACAAGAUUCCGGUGAAGCAGGAGCUGAUUAGGAGAGGUAUACCAGUAAGUAAUCCACUUUGUUCCAGAUGUGAAAUACGAGAGGAAUCAGCUGGCCAUUUAAUUUGUGAAUGCACCAUGUCAAAAUCAGUAUGGAGGAACGUACUUGUAUGGCUAAAACUACCAUUGUCCAAUGAAAUUCGUUCUUGCAAUGAGGCUUUAGAGUUUGUGAAAGGUUUAACAGGAUUUGUGAAAUAG